AUGGCGGCGCCCUUGCGGCUCCACUGGCGCCUGGGGCGGCGAUGGAGGGCCGUGGCGCGGGGGCUCCAGCGGCCGCUGGCGAGGGCGGAGAGCGGCCGCGCCGCCCCUGGGAAAAGCCGGCUGUACGAGCACAUGCAGAACGGCUGGACGGCGCGGCCCCGCCUGGACCUGGAGGCGCUGAUCGCGCGGCAGGACGAGGCGGAGCGGGAGCUUGAGAGGCGGAAGGGCCCCCUGGCUCCCGGGGAUGUGCGCCAGAUCAUUGCUACUUGGAAGAGGCUUGUUGAAGUGCAAGAGGAGAUCACAAAACUUGAAGCUGAGAAAGCAGAAGUGGCGGAAAGUGUGCGGAAUCUUGUGAAAAACCAAGAGAAGACUACAUUGCAGUUGCCCCCUGCUUACACGGCUUUGCGAGAGCGUGGGAGAGAGCUGCGCCUCCAGCUCAACGUCUUGCGCCACGAGGAGACGGUGUUGGAUGAAAAGUACUACCUGAGUGCCCUCAAGUUGCCCAACAGGACUCACCCGGAUGUGCCAAUCGGAGAUGAGAGCCAAGCCCGAGUGGUAGAGGUUGUCGGUGAGAAACCAGCUUUUGACUUCAAAGUGAAAGGACACCUGGAAAUCGGGGAAGAUCUGGAUUUAAUACGGCAAAGGCGCUUGUCCCACAUCUCGGGCCAGCGGUCCUACUACCUCCGUGGGGCAGGGUCCCUCCUCCAGCAAGCCUUGGUGCAGUUCACUCUCAACAAGCUGGUGAAAAAGGGCUUCAUUCCGAUGACUGUCCCCGACCUACUCAGAGGAGCUGUCUUUGAAGGUUGUGGCAUGCUUCCUGAUGCCAGUUCUUCCCAGUUGUACAACAUAGACCCUUCUCGCUUUGAAGACCUGAGUCUGGCGGGCACCUCUGAGGUUGGCAUUGCAGGGUACUUCAUGGAUCAUGCCAUAAAUCUAGAAGACAUGCCUGUCAGGACGGUGUGUUCCAGCAUGUGCUACAGAGCUGAAACGGACACCGGGAAAGAUCCGUGGGGACUAUAUCGAGUGCACCAGUUCACCAAGGUGGAAAUGUUUGGGGUUACUGCAAACGAGACUGGGGAAGAGAGCAUGGCCUUGCUGGAAGAAUUUUUGGCUCUGCAGAAAGAGAUCUUCUCUGAGCUGGGGCUGCAUUACAAGGUUCUGGAGAUGCCCACGCAGGAACUAGGCCUGCCUGCCUACAGGAAGUUUGACAUCGAGGCCUGGAUGCCAGGUCGGGGCACAUACGGAGAGAUCUCCAGCGCCUCCAACUGCACAGACUACCAGAGCCGGCGGCUGAACAUCAUGUACUACAACAGGCAGGGGCAGUUCCGUUACGCACAUACAGUCAACGGCACGGCCUGUGCCAUCCCCCGAAUGCUGAUUGCUAUUCUCGAGUCCAACCAAUGCAAGGAUGGCAGCGUUCGGGUGCCGGAGGUCCUCCAGUCGCUGGUGGGCUUGGAGAUCAUCGGCAAGCCGAGCUACACCCCACUGAAAUACAUUGGCCCAAACCAACCCAAGAAACGUUGA